AUGCAUACGGCAGAGUCGGCGGCUGACUGCUUCAAAAGCACACAGCAGACGAACGCCAGCGUUCAAAAGGCUUCACGUGAAAAAACAGCAACCGCAGACGAAUCGGGGGUGCUGCUGCUGCAGGAACAGCGGCGGAAACAGUUUCACUGCCAGCAACGUUUGACGCGCUGGCUGCGAGUGCAGCAGCUGUUGCUGCAGAUCAAAUGGCAGCGGAUGCGCCAUCCUUAUUUGCAAAGACCCUCCGUGGCACAGCAGCAGCUCCUCCUGCUGCAGCAGCUGCAAGAAGACUAUGAAGCCAAAGCAGCGUGGCUAGCACCUGUGUGGCGCGAGGAGACCCCCCUCGCUGCGAGGAGACACUUUACUGAGUUUCUUGUUGCUGCAAAAGCUGUGGCAGAUGCUUCCAAAAAGGGAGCUUCAACCAAUCCCAAGUUGCUAUUUCUGCUUCAGCUAGCAGCACUGGGAAGUCGGGCUCAGUUUGCUGCAGCUCAGAGGAAGAGGCUGCAACAGCAGCUCAAUCGUGCAUAUAGCCAGCAGACGAAGUUUGCGUACAGCAGCGUUCCUGAGAGCAGUAUCAAGAGCAAUCCAAACACCAGCACGCCUCUUUUCGAAGAGGCCCUCCGCAUGGCAGUCCGCCAAGAAAUAGAGCUGCGGGAGGUUUUCGCUGCUGCAGUGGCACAGAAGCAGCAGGAAGAGCAGGCUCGCUACCAUAGAUCCACCAAGAGGCAGCAGCAGGGUACGAGAAAGCAGCUGCAGGAAGAGCAGCGACAGCAUCAACGGCAUGGGGUGUUUGGGCACUCGUGCAUGGCUGAUGCAGUGCGCAUAAUGCAGUUGGGCAAAGACGACGCAGCGGCAGCCACUGCUGCGGCCGUUGCUAGCAAUAAUUUGUCGACUGUAGAAGGCCAGCUGCGGCUGAUGCAGCAGAAGCAGCAGCAGCAGGAAAAACAACAGUUGCAGCUAGUGCAACAGGAGCAACAGCUUUUGCAUCAGCAACUAGCUCAGAAGCGUCGCGCGCUAAAGAACGCCAGCGACUUCGCGGCACUGCAGCAGCAACUCUCUGGCGUGCAGCUUCAACGGUGGGAGCUAGAGCAGCAGCAGCUGCUGGUUCAGAAGGAGCUAGAGAAAUUUGAAAAGCAGCAUCUGGCACACCGUCAGCGCCAGCAGCAGCUGCUCCGCAUGCACCUCAACUUUGCGGCCGCAGAAGGCUCCUGGUUAGCUGCAUGCACACGGCUUUUUCCAUCCAGUACCUCUUGGCUAACUCCGUUGUUGUCACAGCAGGAGAUUGAUUCUUCCGAGAGCUAA